AUGGGCUCAGAAUCGCCUGGUAGCCUCGAUGCGACAGAGCUCAGCCUCCUGGGCCGCUAUCUUGCACACACGAGCCGAACUAUUCCUUUCGAUGAUCUCGAUCUCUACGCCCUUUCUGUGGGAAUACCAAAUCUUGCUUUCAAUAGCAAGCCUGUAAUGUCAUCUUUGAUAGCUUUGGCAGCAGCUUGCAAAUCUCAUGACAUUGUUAACACAACGCAGACUCCUUUGGCGGACCAGACCGUCAUGGAGGUUCAACGACUUCUUGAGCUUGCCGAAAACCAUCACAUGGCAUCACUCCAGUACAUACAAGAGGCAGUUACAAGCUCAAGUUGGUAUGACAACGUCCUUGCAAACGCGGCAUUGAUGGUACUAUACGCGUCUGCGAGCCACUCUAUUCGAGUUCGACUUGCCGCCAUUGCAAGACGAAGUGGGAAAGAAUUGCCAAGUGAUGUGCUUCCGCAACACUCACAGUGGAUUACAUUUACCCGUGCCGCUCACACAGCUGCUAGCGCAGUUCUCAGCGGGCUUUUGAAUGCAGAUAUGAAUCGAAAUGUCACCAUCAGCCCAACCGUGUUUACAUCACCAGAUCCGAUAUCGACUAUCUUGACACCGCAGAGUGGUCCUUCCGAAAAUACAAAAAGGCUAUUCAUGCCUUUAGUUACAUCUACAUACGGUCGAGCUCUUGAAUCGCUGCGCAAAAAAGUGGAGUCCGUAGCACAUUCUUUUAAAAGUCAAGAAGGUCUCAGACUCCACAAUCUAGAUCUCGACGCUUGCUUGAAUACUCUACCAACACUUGAAAAGUGCGCAUUUUCCGCUUUAUCUGGAGAAUUUACCAACGAUAAAUUAAAUACAUCCAAUGAUACACCCACAAUAUCUGGUGAAUAUUCUCGAGUCUCGCCUUGGGUUGCAAAUUACAUGCUCAGUGUCACCUCAAUGACAGCCCCAAAGGCACUUCGGCGAACAAUUAUGUCCUUCUUGAAUGAGGCACCGACCGAGUAUCUCAAUCUUGUUCAGUCGGUGCUCGAUUCAUCGUCUGUUGAGGCCUACACUGGGGAUUGGGUGGCACGUGGUUCGCCCAAGGGUGAAAUGCAGCCUCUCGAUACAACACAUAUCCUAGCCAUGGACAUAUUCGCCCACUGGUUGGUUCUAGUCAUGUUAUUGGAUGGUGUGUGGUGGAUUAGCGGUAUUGGCCGAUGGGAACUUGGCCAGAUUGUGUCAUUGAUGAAAACUCAGGAACUGCUCAAUCAACCUCCGGAUACGAAGGAAACGUGGUGGCCGGAGAGCAUGUACUUGGUCAAUAUGGAGUUGAUGCCGGAUACAUAG